CUGUCAUUCUCAUCUGGUUGCUGGUGCAAGCGAUCGUUGAGAAUUUUAUUUUUGAUUAUUUUGGCUUUAUUGUUUGAUUUGUCAAAUUGUUGAUUGUUAAAUAACGAGCUCUGACCAUAUCAUUGUAGGAUUACUAUGUCGGUGAUGGAAUUCCUGAAGGAUCUACCGUCGUACGACGAGCACAACUUCACAUUAUUCAAUACCGACCAUGGGAUAAGGAACUGUUCGAAAAGACCGUCAAUAUAUUUACCAACUAAGGAUAUACCGUCUGAGCAAAUAAUUGUAACAGAAAAGACAAAUAUACUGUUAAGGUACCUUCAUCAGCAAUGGGAGAAAAAGAACAACAAUUCACCAAAAAAACGUGACCAGAGCCACAUUGAACAGAAUGGCGACGACAGUCGACCUCGCAAGAGGCCUUGUUUGAACUCACCACUAAACUGAAGACCUGCAAACAAAAUGGCCAGUUAGUUUGUGCUUCAGUUAUAGACUUUCAAGUGUAUGGCAUUUUUGUAACAUUUGUAUUCCACAUCUUAGGUCAAAUUAUACAUUGAUUCUCAAAUGUAUUGGUCUCAUAUCUUUUGAGAAAACUACAUCCAUAAGUGCCAUUACAAGAACCUUUGAACUAUUUGGUUCUCAUGUGUGGCUGUAAUUUGUCUAUUUCAGUGAAUAUUGAAAAUCAAAGUAUGAAUUAUAUUCAUUCCAUGUUCUAUUAAUAAGUUUUUUUACUCAACAACUAUCUCUUUGGAGUUUCAUAUCUUUGAAUCUAAAUUCAUCUGAUAGUAUAAAUAAUUUUAGUAAUCUAAUGUUAAGGAUGUGUUCAGUAAUUUUAGUGCCUCAAUAAUAUUUUUGAGUUAUGCAACACUGGAUGGAACUACAUUGGCAUACUUUGUUACUGUAGUGUUAUAAUUUUUGAAUUUAAUAUAUUGUUUUGACUGUUAUAUUUUUCAAAAAUGAAAGUACUAAAAUAGUAAACUUAUUUGUUGUUUGUGCCAAUCAGUAGCUUUCAUUUGCUAAGCACUUUAGUUAACAGAAGGCCGAAAAUCAUUUUGUUGGAGUACAUGAAUGUACUGUGCCAUGCAUCAGGCAAGGAUUCAUGAAAGAAAGUCUUAAUAGAAGUCAGGGCACUAAACAUAAAUAUACUUUAUAAUGACAACUGAAUUAAUUUAUUUGAGUAUCUUAAAAGCAGUCCUGCAACUAUUAAUUUUGAUGCUAGUUAUGAUAACAUAAAAAGUAUAUUAUUAUAAUGUAUUAAUUUCAACUGUCUGAAAUAGAUUAUACUGUGCAAUAUUGAUAACUUAAUUUUAAAAUUAUAAGGUUUGAUGUAUUUUUCGAAUGAACAUUCAAAACUAAAUGAUGUUUAAAUUUAUUUACAUAAUUUUCAUAUGCCUUAUCAAUAAUGUAGAUAUUCUACAUUAUACAAAUUUUAAGUCGUCAAUAUUUCACAAUAGCUGAUACAUGAGUAGGUGAUUUUGUGAUUUUAAAUUUAAUAGUAUCAUAUAUUCAGUAAAUGAGUGCACAUGCUAGUAGAAAUUGUGAUUGCUGUGUUUAUUAUAUAGUGAACUUAAUAAUUGUACAUCCCUUGUUGGUACACUGCUAUCCACAUUAGCUAGUAUGUCAUGUGCUACAAGCCUUAUAAAUUAGCAAUUAAACCUAUUUGGCAAUAAAAUGUAUGUUGGCCAUAGAAACAAAAAUUAUUAUUACACGACAGUGGAUCAUAAUGGAUUUUCUUUGGGCCCAGCUUGUGAGAAGUCAGCUGUGUUAUUCAUAAUUUACUAGAAACAGAUGAAUAAACUUUUAAUUAUGAUAAUACAAGUGUUUCAAUUGUUUAUUUUUAGUGUAGUAAUAAGUAAAUCAUCAAACUCAUACAGUUUUAGAAAAUUUAGUUCCAUGUUGUAUUUAUUCUUAAAGGUAAAUUAUUUAUUUCUAUAAAAUAAAACUACAAUUGACUGAAAAAUAACUUUAUUCUAAUCAUUAUACUUAUCUCACAAGUUGCAGAAACAUUCCACAAGCUGCAAACAAAUAGGUUAUGUGUACCUAAUGGAAUUAUUCUCUUCAUUUAUGAUAUCUUAUCUAAAGUUAUAAACACCAAAAUAGUCACUAGAUUGAGUUUCCUAAAAGCUUUCUUACAACAACAUUACCUCAAGUAACUUAUCUUACAAGAAAACAGUGGAAAUCAAACUCUCGAACUAAAAUACUUAAGAUUCAAGUUAUAAUAAAUUCAAAAUAAAAUUUUUAAAUUUAUCCAGUUCUCAAGAAGUCAUUACUUAAUAUAUAAAUUUUUUACUGUCUUAAACUGAACUUAGUUUAAUCUUUAGCGGGCACUUCAAUGACUCGGGGCUUAUCAAUGAUGCGGGCAGUGCGGUUGCCCUUCUCAACAAUUCCUAUGAUCCAUGCCUGGUAGCCUUCUUGCUUCUCAAUGUCUUUGCAGUAAGCUGCAGCUUGUUCACGUGGCAAGCAGAUUAGCAGUCCACCUGAAGUCUCAGGAGCGUGUCCUUGCAACAGUUGGAACAUGUUUCCACAGGCCUUAGCUACUGCUGCCAUCUUGGCAAUUACUGGUAAGUUGUGAAUAACAAAUGAAACCUCAUUCUUCUGAUGAGAAGCCAGGUUCUGUGCAUGACCUAACAGACCAAAGCCAGUUACAUCUGUGGAACCAUGAGCAUUGUAUUUAUGCAUUAAACGAGCAGCAAUACGAUUAAGCCUGCUCAUAGAAUCCAUUGCUCGGUGAUACGCCUUCCGAACAUCCUCUUCAGACACAACCAAUUUGAUGCGAUUCCAGCGUUCAGGUUGGUCAAGCCACUGAUGAGCAUUUACAGCUACUUGGGUACCCAAGGGUUUGGUUAACACAAGCACAUCACCCAUAACAGCAUUAUCAGGAACAAUAUAUUCAUUUGGUUGGCAAAUUGUAGUGGCUACCCCGCCAAUUGCACACCAAGGGUUAAUAACUGUUUGUCCACCAGUAACAGAAGUGCCAGCCUCCAGGGCUGAGUCUUUGAAUCCACGCAUAAUUAGAGGAAUAACAACAUCUCGCUCCUUCUCUGUCAUCUUUGUUGAUACGCCGAGCAGCAUGAGCAUAUUGUCACAUUCUGUUACACCCAUCGCGUACAGGUCGCUUAGAACGUUGGCACAUGCGAUUUUGCCCAUCAUGUAAGGGUCAUCUACCAAGGGAUAGAAGAAGUCAGUAGUUUGGACCAAACAAAGCCCUCCAUGUCUGAGUGGCGUUACCGAACAGUCCAAGCCGAUACCAAUGCGCGGGAUAGCCACAUGCAUAAACUGGUCCUCUUGCUGGGAGUAGUCCUGUUGUAAUGAUUCCACAAGUUUACCAAGAACAUCUUGGGGAACUUUGCAGCUUCUUCCUUUCAAGUCCGCAAACCGUGUCAAUCGAAAACUUGCUUCUAAGUCGUGCGCCACCGGGUCGAAUGGCCGACGCAAGGCCAAAGCGUUGGGGUUACCGGUCAUCUCUAAUUGUGCCGCAGCUAAAGAGUCUUGAGCUACACUUGAUUGAUAAGACAUAUUACACGAAAGAAAAUAAUAUUAUGAUUUUAACAAAGGUAUUUCGGGUCAAAAUGCGGAAACCCGACACGCCGCCAAGUGACGCUUGCAAAAUGGCGUCUCC